AUGACGAAACACAUAAAGAAGUGCUUUAAGUGUCCUGAAGAAAUGAAAAAAAAUCUUUAUUUAGUGCCAACCACUGUAUCUACUAAAGUAGACCUAUCAAUGCACACGUCCACCCCAAAGGAAAAACUAAAUUUCUCCCAACGGCUAAAGGAGUUAGAAGUAGAUGUAUCUUUUGGGAUAGAAGAAGCAAAUCUAGCAGGGCCAAGUUCAAGUAGAAGCCAAACUUUUCCAGUUGUAUCUUUAUCUGAAACUGAAAGCAGUGCCACUGCCACUAAUGCUAGUACCAGUAAUAUAUCUGCAAAUAGUGCUUGUUCCACAUUUAACUUUAAUCGACCUCAACCGUCACCUUUCAUCGUGAAUAACAACAGAGGAGGCCUGUUAACUUUUGUGGACCAUAUGGAUAAUCAGUUAAAUGAAAGCCUCAAUCAAAGUUUGGCCAAAGCAAUUUUUGUAAGCGGUACUCCAUUGUCUAUGGUUGAACACCCACUGUGGUUAGAAUUCUUUAAACGACUUCGUCCUUCAUUCAAACCACCAUCAAGGUAUCGCCUUUCAUCAACUUAUCUCAAAGCUCAGUAUACAGAAAUGCAAAAUGAAGUUACAAGCCAGCUAAAGGAUUCAAAACACUUACAUUUACAAUGUGAUGGCUGGAGCAACAUCAGAAAUGUGUCUAUUGUAAACUUUGUUAUUUCAAAACCCGAGCCACUGUGUGUGGAGUCCGUCGCAACAAAAGAGAACAGGCACAAAGCAUCUUACCUAGCCGAGCUGAUAAUCAAUAUUAUUGAAAAAUAUGGUACUGAAAAGUUUUUGGUAAUCAUUGGGGACAAUGCUUCCAACAUGAGAGCUGCUUUGGCAAAGGAGAAGUAUCCAUCAAUCAUACCUCUUGGUUGCCUUGCUCAUCUCUUACACCUUCUGUGUGAAGACAUCUUAAAGUGCAAUACUAUUAAAUCUUUUAUGGCAACAGUUACUAGCAUAAGUUUAUUAUCAAAUAAAUCUGUGCUUCAAAAACUAUCUGUCAGUGAAGAAGCAGAAAUCUCAUCAGAAAUGAAAAGACAGAUACUUGAUGACGGUGUGUUUUGGGUCAGAGUUGAAAAAAUGGUUAACAUAUUAAAUCCAAUUGUUGAUCUUAUCACUGCCCUUGAAUCAAACACCCCCCUGAUUUACAAUGUUUAUACAAAAUUUCACACUCUGCAAGAAACCCUUAAACAAGAAAUGCCAGAAUCUCCACUUCAAAAGAUUGAGGAAAAAAUGUGCUUUCAAAGUUGUAACUUGAAGUCUGAGGAAUUACUUGAUGCUAUUAGUUUUGUUUGUGAAAUUGGCAGUAGCAUGGGAAUAAAUACAGUUGAUAUCCGUCAAAAUAUAGCUGACUAUAGGGAUAAAGAAGGGCUAUGGCGAAGGUCUUUUAUUUGGGAAGGUGUAAAAGAUUCACGAAAUGAAAAAGCAAUCAGUCCCAUGUUAUGGUGGAGGGGGUUAAGAGGAACAUGUGUAUUGGCUGAUGUAGCUGUGAGAAUAUUAGGAGCACCUGUGACAUCUGCCGCAACUGAAAGAACUUUUAGUACUUUCAGUUGGAUUCACUGUAAAAAAAGAAACAGACUCACCACCGAAAGAGCUGGACAAAUAGCAUAUUUAUCGCACAAUUGGAAUCUUCUAAACAACGCCAAAAAGCUACGAACUGUAGAAAGAAGCCAAGCAGAUGAUUCGACUUUGACAAAAAGCCAAAGUGAAGAAUUUAUGCAAAUAUCCAAUGGUAGCGGUGAUUGUAGUGACGUCAGUGACGAUGAAGAUGGCCACAUGUCACUUUCGAGCCACUCCAGUGACCAAAUAAAUUCUGAGCCAGAAUAUUCAGACUUAGAUUAA